AUGUCGGCCACCGAUUAUUUCGAAAAGGGACCGCCGGUGUCGUCCACCGAAAGCAAGCCCGACAUGGGUGCUGACCAUGAUGCCGCCGUGGGCACGACGAUUGACGUAACCGCUGGCUCGCAAGCUCUGCAUCGCAAGUUGCGGGGGAAAGAAGUGCAGCUCUUUGCUAUCGGAGGUGCAAUCGGUACUUCUCUCUAUGUGCAGAUGGGUUCUGCUCUCCCCAAGGGAGGACCUGCCGGCCUCUUCAUCGCCUUCUUCAUAUGGGGAAUUGUCAUGUGGGCGGUUAAUGAGUGCUUUGCCGAGAUGGUCACCUACCUCCCUGUGCCGUCACCCUUUAUCCGCUUUGGCAGCGAGUGGGUUGACGGCGCGUUGGGCUUCGCCAUGGCUUGGAACUUCUUUCUCAACAUGGCGUUCCUUGUACCCUUUGAAAUCGUUGCGAUGAACAUUAUGAUAACCUUUUGGACUGAUAAAGUCCCUGUCGAGGCUAUCAUUGUCGUCAUGAUUGUGCUGUAUGCGCUCCUCAACGUCGUCACGGUGAGGUAUUUCGGAAUAUCCGAGUUCUACCUGUCAAUCUUCAAGGUUCUGUUGAUGGUUGGGUUGUUUUUCUUCACCUUCAUCACCAUGGUCGGGGGAAACCCAUUGCACGAUGCGUAUGGGUUCAGAUAUUGGAAUAACCCAGGGGCAUUUGUUGAGCAUAUUGUUCCUGGCGGGACGGGUAGGUUCCUGGGCAUUUUGUCAUGCUUAUAUCAGGCCAGUUUCUCGAUCUGUGGACCAGAGUAUAUAUCUAUGGUUGCUGCCGAGUCCGAGAAUCCCCGAAAAAUUCUGCCUCCCGCCUAUCGAUCCUUCGUUUGGCGUAUUCUCGUCUUCUUCGUAGGAUCUGCUCUUUGCAUGGGCAUUGUCAUUCCGUCCAACGACUCAACCCUCCUGGCCAUCCUGGGAGGCGAUAUCUCUGGGUCUGGUACAGGUGCUGCAUCACCAUACAUCAUUGCCAUGCAGCGGCUCAAAAUCCACGGUCUUCCUCACCUUGUCAAUGCCUUGAUCAUGACAUCCAUCUUUAGCGCCGGAAAUGGUCUUCUCUUUUCGGCGACUCGUACCUUGCAUGGCAUGUCGAUCGAAGGCCACGCACCUCGAUUCUUCUCGAAGUGCACAAAAGGCGGUGUCCCAAUUUGGGCUCUUCUCUUUUCUCUCUGUUUCUGCCUUCUCUCCUUUUUGCAGGUCAACAGCUCCUCUGCCGAAGUGAUGACCUACCUUGUCGAUCUGGUGACGUGCUGUCAAUUGAUCAACUACGGCUUCACAGCCCUGACAUACCGACACUUUUAUUCCGCUUUAAAGAAACAGGGGAUUUCACGCGAUGCUCUCCCAUACAAGGGGCGAUUUCAGCCGUACACAUCCUAUCUCGCAAUGGGUGGCACCACAUUUAUGUUACUGGCUGGGGGGUACAGUUUAUUUCUAAGUGGCGGGUGGGACGUUAUGUGGUUUUUCCUUGACUACGGCAUGAUCGCUUUCUUUGUCAUCAUGUUUUUGGGCUGGAAGGUGAUGUUCAGGACCAAAUACGUUCGACCAGGGACUGCAGAUUUGAGCCUUGGCGGUUUGAAGGAGGAGAUUGACAACUACGAAGCUAUUUACGCACCUCGUGAGACUGGAAAGGUGGACCGAGUGCUAAACAAGCUUUUUAAUUAA